AUGAAUUCCUAUAAAUUUAAUAUCAGUUCAACUUCCUCUUCUUCUUCCGAUGAUUCAGAAGAGGAAAGGAGGGAUAUGGAGAACAAAGAAGUAGAUGACAUGAUCGACAAUGUCACUCAUACUUAUCUCCCAUUCCUAGUGUCGGCGGUCACUCCUAGAAUGAGACCAGGUGGACGUACUCAACCUCGGGCUGAUAGGGGUCGAGAAGAAGGUCAUUUAAGAUUAUACAAUGACUAUUUUGCAGAAAAUCCAGUUUACUCAACAAUACGACAAUUAGCUUAUGGGUGUGCUUCUGACGCUUGCGAUGAGUACAUACGUAUUAGUGAUAGUACGACAAGAUUGUCACUUCAGAGAUUCGUUGACGGCGUCAUUAACCAAUUUAGUAAUGUGUACUUAAGACGACCGAAUGAAGCCGAUCUGAGUAGGCUGUUACGAAUUGGAGAAGAACGUGGAUUUCCUGGCAUGAUUGGUAGCAUCGAUUGUAUGCAUUGGGAGUGGAAGAAUUGUCCAACAGCAUGGAGAGGGCAAUAUCAAGGAAGGGCAGGGGUAGCUACACUUGUGCUUGAAGCUGUAGCUGAUAGGGACUUGUGCAUUUGGCAUUCUUUUUUCGGAAUGUCGGGAAGUUGCAAUGAUCUGAACGUGCUUCAUAGAUCUCCUGUGUUUCAAGAUGUUUUAGAAGGUCGAGCUCCGGCUGUUAAUUUCGUUGUAAAUGACCAUCAAUAUAACAAAGGAUAUUACCUUACUGUGAAGUCCAUAAUGAGUCCACAAUCUCAUAAAGAUAAACUCUUUGCAAGACAUCAAGAAGCAGCAAGGAAAGAUGUGGAACGAGCAUUUGGAGUGCUACAAGCUCGAUUUGCUAUUAUUCGGAUGCCAUCCCUUGCUUGGGAUGUGGACAUGCUUCAUAAGAUUAUGUUGGCGUGCAUAAUCAUGCACAUCAUGAUAGUUGAAGAUGAACGAGAAACCUACCAAAAUUACAUGGAUCCAGCAGAGUUUGACGUAGGCGGAUCUCGACAUCGUUCUGCUCAGAGAAACAACGAAGAGCAAGAAGGUCGUUUUGAAUAUCAUAACGAGCGAAUUGUCGACAUCAACACGUAUUUGCAGCACAAAGCAGAAAUCGAAGAUCAACAAACUCAUUUAUCAUUGAAAAACGAUUUGAUCGAACAUAUAUGGGCAAAGUUCGGUAGGAACGGAAACUAA